GAAACUUAAUUUCCCAAUUAGCGAACCCAAAGUUUGAUAAUCACAUACCGAAUACCAAACGUCCACCCCUAGUUUUAUUUAGACUUAAAAAUAACAUUUGUAAGAAAAUAUUGGAGCCUUAACCAGCAAAUUAGAUUUAUUAGGUCUGAUUAUUCCCAAUUCCCAGAGUCUAGUUGGAGAAAGGUUAAGAAUGGUGUAGUAGAUAUUUCAUCAUUCACAGUCACCGGCGAAUUUGUUUGUUUUCCGAUGGAUGAAGAAAAAGCAAUUUCUUUUUAUUCUCCGAUGAAGAGCAAAAUAUAUGUUCGUUUUCCGAUAAACGGAGGAGGAGAAGAAAUUGUCGUAUCUCCGCGGAGCCGAGAUGAUAUGACAGUAUUUGAGAUUUGGGGAUGUAUUAGUUGUGUAUAUAAUGGUCGAUUACUCCCGGAGUUGUUGUGGUGGGUUUUUAGUUGCUUUCCACUAAACUGUUUGAGCGUUGCGUUUGAUUAUUUCGUGGCUAUUCCCUUACAUCUUAAUAUAGUAAUCUGCAAUUUGGGUUUCUUUUUCUACAUUUUAUUUCAAUCCGUUGUCCUACUCUACCCUUUGUUGAACAAUUAUUGGUAUCCCUAUAGAACUCCCUUCCGAUCAAUAGGCCCCAAAGGGAGAUUUAUGAUCGACUUCAUUCCCGCCCUAACUGCUGCAGCUUUGAGUUUGAAUUUGUUGAAUGAUGCGGGGUUAUGGCACUUUCUAGAGAUCAAUUAUGGGUAUCUCUUUCUAUUGCUAGGCUGCACAGGAUACUUCUAUGUUGUUGCUCAUUUUAUGCGUAGAGCAUAUGAUAUUAAUGGAAAAGACGUUAUCUUGGGGUUAGCAAUGCAGGCCUUUUGCUUUAUGGUGAACGGGCGAUUGUUGGUUAGAGCCAUCACUUUGAGCUUCUGCUUUGGUAUUAGUAUCUAUAGAUACAUGACAUAUGCCGCUCCUCCUGCAUUACCUCCUCGUCCCAAAAUGGAGUCGUCGGAUUUUGCUGCCUUACUGAUCUGAAGGUGUUACUGGAUGCCUUUAAUUUUCUCUCUUACUUUGUUUGCAAUAUAAUCUGUCUUGUUCUAGUCA